UAUCCAUUUACGUCAUGGUCAUUGAUCGUUUUUAUGCAUACUUGUGGAUGACUUCCUUGCCGGUGUCACAUAAAAAUCCGACUGCUAUGAAAAUCGGACCCCUUUCCUUUCUCCUCGCACGUGACAGGUCACUCUGCCGAAAUGAUCCGAAAAAAUAGCAAUUAUACUUACGGCUUUUACGCGUGCGAAAUACUACCAAUGAGUCCACCGAGUCGAAUAUUCACACCACACAGUUUCAGUACACUAUGGCGACAGGCGUCCAAAAUGACCUGAUGAAGCAGGCACAGCACUUUUGGUCAAUGCUGGAUGAGCUUGCAGAGACCGAUGAAGAUGCAUAUAAGAAGUUCAUGGCCACAAACCUCCAAAGAGGACAGCAAGAAUUGACACCAGCCAAGCCAUGGAAGUGUGUCAAGACACAAAUCUUGAAACCUGACAAGUCUACUUUGUACAUCAACAUAUGUAGUUGGUCCCGUAUUGACAAACCCAAAACAAGCACAGAACCCAUUAAGGUCACGGCUGGACCAGUGGAGGAUAGAAAUGACGAAACAGGCGAUUUCAAGGUCAUCCGUGUAGCGUUCAAUCCAGACGUUUUAGAGGAGUGCGCCAAAAGAUCUGUGGAGCAGGAUAUGCUUAUAGGGAACGCCAUUGACUACCUCAAAGAUGAGAAGAAAUUACACCUGUCCUCCAAUUACCGCAUCUGCCAUGACAUCCAAUUCAAGGGUGACCCCAAAGAUUUAAAGGAUUUUUUUAACUCCCGGGCAAAAUCCAAGCAGAAGGUGGAACCAGACAGGAGCACAGAGAACCUGAGUAAGCUGACGCCCGAUUCGCUGCUGAGCCAGCUCAGAGUGUCCGAUGACCAAUCAGAGACCACAGUCAGUAGCACGGAUACAACUCUGGAGUUAAAUGGGAAAACCAGCGAACUGAAGACUGCCUUGAUCCAGGAGAUUUCCAGCAAUGAUGUCAGGUUAAAAUGCCCCGAGUACGAUGUCAGCUUAAAAGAGGCAGAUGGGAAGAGGCCACGAAGACUCAUGGUCAGGAUUAUGCUUCCUGAUGUGCAUUCUGUCGCAGACUGUCAGCUAGACAUUGCCAAGGAAGAAUUGACUCUUCUAGUCACAGACAAAUACGAGUUACGUAUGCCACUACCGGAGAUAAUACAAGACGACGACUCCACAGCCAAAUUCAACAGAAAAACAUCAUCACUCACUAUUUCCAUGCCGACCAGGACUGUAGCGAGUUAAUACUUUACACUUUUUUAUAUCUGAAUGCCAUGGAGUGUCAUGGAGUGUCAUGGCCUAGUGUUAAGAGCACUACACCAGACUCAUGCUCUGGUCUUUCAGAGGCAGCAGAAUGUGGGUGCGAGCCCGGGUCUCUACA